AUGCCUUCACCAUAUCGGAGAUCGUGCCGAGACUGCGUGAAAGCGAAACGACGCUGUGACCUGAAUUCCCCCUGCUAUCGCUGCCGGGUUCGGUCCUUGGAGUGUACAUAUGAGAACCUGCGAAGCACGAGACCUGUAGUGGUAGCUGAAGUUGCAGAUGGUGAAGACUCAACGUCGACAGUCUCCCCGCGGAGUGUGACCGGGAUCACCGCUGCCGAGAUGCCGGAUGUGAAUAUGGCUGUCGGACCCUUGGACGUAUAUAAUAAUGCUACCGCGGGUCUGACCUUGACUGGGUCGACUAUCCCUUAUUUCCCGGACUAUGACCUGGACUGGCCGGAUAUCAUGGAAAAUAUCGACAACUUCGCGGUCCCGGACCAAGUUGGGGCAGAUAAUACGGCACCGACUAAAAGUGUCCUGGCAGGUGAGAUAUAUCAAGAACGAAUUAUUUCGGCCGUGAAGCAUUUCAAGUCCUGGCCAGGUAUCUACGCAAAUCGUGGACAUAUCCCGUUCAUACACGCGCGGUUAUAUACAUUCCAUUUGCCAUCGGUCAUGCAAGAAGCUCUGGGAAUGUGCUCCCUUUAUACUAUGAGAAAUAGUCACAACGAACACUUGGUCAACCGGUGCAUCAGCCAAGCGGCGCGACGAUUAGUAAAGGAGCACUACGAGUCAGACAAUAUGCCAGUCACAGAGCAAUUAGCUUCAGUACAGGCAUUGUGCCUCUACCAGAUCGUUCAACUAUUCGAUGGGGAUAUUGCGCUGCGAUCGCAAGCCGAAGCAGCAGGGCCUGUCCUGGAUCGAUGGCUACGACGGCUCCAGUCCCAUGCCAAGCCUGUUAGCGAUGCAUUGAGAAAUGCAACUCACACGGGGUCUGCACACGAUGCAUGGUGGGCAUGGAUAGUUGAUGAAUGUGUACGACGAACCCUCAUCGUCGGGUUUUCCAUUGAAGGGCUCUAUUCGUUUCUCAAGAACGGCUGGGAUGCUUCCCACCAUGAUUUUGCGGAACUUAGUUUCUACGCACAGCGGGCGCUCUGGGCUGCACCAUCCGAAUACUUCUGGACGGCAGCUCUCCAGGACCACUUGUUGCUUCCAGUGUGGUUUCGGACAUGGGAGUCCGAUAUGGCCCAAGCGCAACCUUCAGAUAUGGAAGAACUCGGGAUGAUAAUGAUGGGAUUCAUCAAGGGAAUAGAUUACUGUCGUCACUGGGUAGGAAAAGAGGCACUCCAUGAAUUUGGUCUCACUUUACCCGAAAUUGGCUCGUAA